CCGCGCAUGCGCGCCACGAUCCGGGCCUGCCCCCCCGGGGGGGGGGGCAUCGCGCAGGCGCCCUGGCCACACAAGAUGGCAGCGCCCGUGGACCUGGAGCUGAAGAAGGCUUUCACGGAGCUCCAGGCCAAGGUUGUCGACACGCAGCAGAAGGUGAAGCUCGCCGACAUCCAGAUCGAGCAGCUGGGCAGGACCAAGAAGCACGCGCACCUCACCGACACGGAGAUCAUGACGCUGGUGGAUGAGACCCGCAUGUACGAGGGUAUCGGAAGAAUGUUUAUUCUUCAGUCUAAAGGAGUGAUUCAUAAUCAGCUCUUAGAAAAACAGAGAAUAGCAGAAGAGAAAAUUAAGGAAUUAGAGCAGAAGAAGUCGUACCUGGAGCGGAGUGUCAAGGAAGCAGAAGAUAACAUCCGGGAAAUGCUGAUGGCCCGAAGGGCGCAAUAGCUGGGUGGCUCUCUUGGAGCCCCGGGCCAUUCAGAGUGACUUUGGGUAGCUCUGCCCAUGGUCACGGCUGCCUGGCUGCGUGACGACCUCUCUCUCAUCUUGCCUGUUUUAAUAAACUCUACUGCAAAGCC